GUUUAUCCGUGGAGGAACUGAACUGAAUGCAGCGGCAACUCGAGAUAAACGAGAGUCAUCUAGAAGAAAAAAGAAAAGCAGAAUAAGAAGGAAGAAUAAUGCUGCGAAUCAAGCGGAAGGUGAAGCCAGAGAACUCCAGAUGGUUCACGCGCGACACGUCCGGCAUCAACCUAUAAAUAACCUGCCUCGUCCCCAACCUCCAGCCAUCGAGAAGAGCACACAGCCAGAGCAACGCAUACAACCUUCAGCAAUCCACUCGCACCCGACCGCGCUCAGUGACCCAACCGACGACGAUGUCGCUGGUGAGGCGCAGCAACGUGUUCGACCCCUUCGCCGACUUCUGGGACCCCUUCGACGUCUUCCGCUCCGUGGUGCCCGCGGCAUCGAACGACCGCGACACCGUCGCCUUCGCCGGCGCGCGCAUCGACUGGAAGGAGACCCCCGAGGCGCACGUGUUCAAGGCUGACCUCCCCGGCGUCAAGAAGGAGGAGGUCAAGGUGGAGGUGGAGGACGGCAACGUCCUGGUGAUCAGCGGCGAGCGCAGCAGGGAGAAGGAGGACAAGAAUGACAAGUGGCACCGCGUCGAGCGCAGCAGCAGCAAGUUCCUCCGCCGGUUCCGCUUGCCGGAGAACGCCAAGACGGAGGAGGUGAAGGCCGGCUUGGAGAACGGCGUGCUCACGAUCACCGUGCCCAAAGCAGAGGUCAAGAAGCCCGAGGUGAAGGCCAUCGAGAUCUCUGGCUGAGAGUUCAAUCUUUACGGUCGCGCAAGCUGCUACGUCGUGCUGUGGUCGAAGUAUGGUCGUCGUGUUCCUCAAUCCUGUGUCGGUCAUGUCGUGGUCAAUGGUGUGCUUGCCGGCUGGCCGCGUCGACCCGGGAGCGGUAUUGGUAUUUGUGUGUUUCCCAGUGGAGUCGUCUUUGGGUGUUGAAUAAAUGAAAAUAUAAAGAGUUUUUCUUGUAUGUU